GAGCCGCAGGGGCCGGGCUGUGCCCCCGGCAGGCCCCGGGAGCUGGAGCAGGGGCAGGGUGAGCCCAGCGCAUCCCUGCCCGCCCCGCUGCCCCCAGCCCAGCCCAGCCCAGCCCAGCCCAGCCCUGCCCUGCGCACCUGGAGCCUGCUCAGCCAGCCCCGGGAGGAGGAGGCUGCGCCAUGGCCGAGGGGGAGAUCACCACGUUCAGCGCCCUGACGGAGAAGUUCGACCUGCCCGCGGGCAGCUACAAGAAGCCCAAGCUGCUGUACUGCAGCAACGGGGGGCACUUCCUGCGCAUCCUGCCCGACGGCACCGUGGAUGGCACCCGGGACCGCAGCGACGAGCACAUCCAGCUGCAGCUGAGCGCAGAGAGCGUGGGGGUGGUGCACAUCAGGAGCACCCAGUCGGGGCAGUACCUGGCCAUGGACCCCAACGGGCUGCUCUACGGCUCGCAGUUGCUGGGUGAGGAGUGUCUGUUCCUGGAAAGGCUGGAGGAGAACCAUUAUAACACCUACGUCUCCAAAAUGCACGCGGACAAGAACUGGUUUGUGGGGCUGAAGAAGAACGGGAACAGCAAGCUGGGCCCGCGGACUCACUACGGCCAGAAGGCGAUCCUCUUCCUGCCCCUGCCCGUCUCUGCCGACUGACACCCGGCCCCAAAGCUCAGGGGUGACCCCAAACCCCAAACCCAGCUGCUGCUGCCUCCUGGAGCUCAGCAGAGCUCCCAGCUUUCGGUCAAGGCUUUGCCAAAUCUGCCAAAGCAGAGCCAUGUGCUCUGCACCAAGCUUUGCAGAGAUGAGGGCACGAGUCCUGGCACUCUCCUGAGGUCCGUGGGGCUCCAUCUCCCCCUGCCCUCAGCUCUGUGCCUGUGUGUGCCACGACCCUCAGCUGUGUGUGCCAUGUGUGCCACAACCCUCAG